AAGGGGACGGUUGUACGCUUACUCGCCGUGCCCGAUAUUCACGCGGACAACUGGGUCACGAGGUCCAUACGCGUAUUGCCAAAGACCACUUAUUUGUUUUGUGUUGUGGAUAGUUACAGUGACAGUGUUUUGAGAUUCUUUGUGAAUUAAGAAACUAGCGGCGCUUUUGAAGUGUACGUGAUGCGUGCGUGAGCGCAGCGCAUGACGUGCUACGAAACGUUGAGAGCUUCGGCACCCGCCGCGGACGCCCCCAUGGCGCACCACUUCGUCAAGUGGUGGCGCAACAAGUUUAGAAAUGGAUAUAAGAAAUUCAGCAUAGGAACCGAGGGCGAGCGAACAGACACAGAAGAAUUAGUGGGGCGUGCAGCAUCUCAAUGUUCUGCGCCACCGGACAUAUUGCCGAGCGAAGCAAGAGCGCUGCUUCAACCUGCAACGCCGCCACCUAUCCCGGCGAGAAAGUCUGAACCUUAUUCCAAGAGGCCUUCACCCGAAAGACAUGCCGAUAAUGUUGAUGAAAAACUCCCCAGACUACGAUUUGAGGAGUUGACUUGCGACGUUGAAUUACAGCAUCCAGAAUCAUCCAAACAACAACCUUUGCAGUUUUCUUUUACGCUAUAUGACCUUGAUGGUCAUGGCAGGAUGACAAAAGAUGAUAUAGCCGGGAUAGUUUCGACUAUAUAUGAGUCAAUAGGAAAAUCGGUCACAGUUCCGCAUUACGGAUCCAAAACAAUACAAGUUCGCUUAACGGUUGUACCGGAAGACGGUCGGCCACGUAGCACACGAGACAGGAGAGAAAGAAGAAGACGACGUCGAAGAGAGCAAGCUGCGAACGUGCAUGUCACCCCGCCAGCUGAGUGUGCUGAUAAUAGUGAGGAUGAGCAUCAUGACAGGCUAUCAAACGAUGACGAUGCUUCCUCAAAGUCAUCGUACUCAGGCGAUCGACAGCCACCACAAAGACCACCGCCAGUCCUUAGACAAAGACAAUCUCAUCACCGCCACACGAGAAGGGAGCAGCGUGAAAGGAAACACACGAAAAAAAGAUCCGGAAGUUUACAGAGACGCGAACUCCUUGAAAUCAUACAGGCUAACAUGGAAAAAAAUCACCUGAGCUUUCAAGCUUCAAGAAAGCCCUGUGACACAGCUGCCAAUGAGGAAGAAAUAAUUCACAAAUAUCAAAAACUUAGAAAUAGAUCUUACACUGUUAGCGAUAAACCUGCUCGUGCAUUCCAAAAGUUAAAAACAGAAGCUAAUAACAAUGGCUAUUUAGACCUAGCGAGUGGGGGUGAUUCGAAUUUGUGCAGGUACGAUAGGUACUUACACGCAGUGAUAUGUUCCUCGGCUCGACAUGCGCAUACGGGCUACCAUCAUAAGCAUUCACAGCCUCCAAGACACACGAGAGCAUCUCAUAAUCCAAAUCCAAGGUCACGUUCACAUGACUUGCCCACAAAACACCACUCAACACAUAAUCAACCUAGAGUACUGCAAAUCAUAUUUUUAUAGAAUUUAAGCAAGGGCAGAGUCCACAUUUGACUUUGUCCUUCCGACCAUUUAUUUUUGUAAGCAAGACAUUCUGUGAGUUUAAAGAAAAGGGGCAUUGGUGUUAAGUCUCUGUAAAAUGACGAAAAAAUAUUUUACGUGCUUAUUUACUGAAGAAAACAAGAACAUAAUGUACAUUUGAAAGAGCACCUUGAUUUAUAAAGCGUUUUCUGAACUUGUUAAAAGUUUUUUGUUCGUACUAGCAAAAUGAGACGGUAUCUAGCGUAUCAGGCUUAUUCUUCUUUUCCUUGAGAUCAUAGAACUGUUCAAACAUAAAUGAAUAAACGGUUACCAGAAAUUGAUAUGUUGGUUAAAAAUAUUAGAUAAAUACAUCAAUAAUAAAUGCAAUUAAAACUUUGAAGCAGUCAGACCGUAUCUAGAAAUCUCUCUAAUUAAGAAAACAAAGGGUUUCUUUUUUGUUUGGUUGACGCGAAAAUGUGAACAUGGUGCCAAUGUUUGAAAUGACCAAUUUGCAAAGAUAUAAUGCUAAAGAAAAUCCAACACACCGUUUUUUUUUUUAUUUCACCAUUCCACAGUAAUGUUUAUUACUUCCAGUUUUUUUGUAUUUUGUAUAAAAUUAACACUUGUAUAUUUUGUAUCGGACGCUUUCAGAUAAAAAUUACCUGUAACUAACUGUAUAGUGCCUUACUUUUGAUAUAAAUAUCUAAAUGUGUUUCUUUGCAUAAAGUUUUAAAUAUUAUGGACUAUUUAAAUGCUCAUUAGUAUGUAUAAUGUAGCUUGUAGAUAUUGAAAACUCAUUUUAGAGUUUUAGACUGAUUUUAGGUAUAAGACUUAGGUGCUCAGUCUGAGGACAUGAUAUAAGUUAGGUAUAUUUAACUUUAAACAAUGUACUUAACUGCUGCGUGUAAUACAUAUGUGGCAUUUUAAUUUGCUAAUAUUGUUAAUAUUGGUAUUCUUUUUGAGGUUACAUUACCAUUAUCAGUAUUCAUUAUUGUAAGUAAAUUAAUGAAUCUCUAAAACGUUUUAUCUACCUCUUAUUUUACUUUAUUAGCUUAAACUUUGAUAAAUAUUUAUUGUAACAGCUAAAUCCUAAAAUUAUUUUAGUACUUUUUUUGUGAUAACGAGUGAUCUGGUUUCAUGACAGUGUUUCACUCAACUGUGUGUACGUAUUAUGCUUUUCUUGUAAGAUGGAACAAUAUCUUGCUGGGAUUACGUCUGAAAUAUUCUAUACAGACUUAAGUUUGAACGUGUUGCCCCAUUCUGUAAAUUUUCCACUUUUACAAUAACUUCCCAACCACUCUCCUUCAUACAAAACGCCUAAUUUUACAGCGACCUUUGUGUAAUCAUAGCAAACAGGUAUGACAGACAGGUCAACACUAUUCAACAUGUUAGAAAAAUGACUGAAUUUUACUCAAAAACAAAACUAAACGCCAAAGUACGUUAUCCUUCUUAAAAAAAAAUUGUUUUGAAUUUUGUUGAAUGUGUUGAAAAAAAUCAAAAUACUAUUUGGCCUGAUAUUUAUUUGAUUUUAUUAUUAACAAAUUCUAUAAAAAUACACAAUAUGCCUAGAGUCAUAAAUAAUACAAACAGUUGUAAAUUCGGAUUAAAAUAUCCUAACCUUACACUCUCUAUGUGAUCGUAUUAGAAAUGAGGUACGUAGAAUAACUAGUGUUACCAAUGAGUUGGCAAUGAGUGGGACACGUAACUCUGAGAACUGUUGGACGUUGGGGUUGGUCGUUCCCCAACAAGGUUAACCGACGUCGAAAAUAAUCACGACAUCAAGCGAUUGAAGGAAGCCGCUGGAAAUAAGCAUGGAUUGUGGAUCUCCGUCUAAAAUGUUACAUCCAGCAUUGGAUGUCAAUCGCUUGAAGUGAUGAUGAUGAAUCUAACACUACAUAUAUUUUAACUUUUAAAAGUAUAAAUUCUAAAAACGCCGGUGGUGCCAUUGUUAAUCUUAUGUUUGCUAUUGUUCCAUUUUCAAAUGUACAGUGUUGCUCGAUCUUGUCGAAAAUAUUUAUUGUCAAAUAUAAUCCUUGAGGUUU